CCGGUUUCUAUCUUAUAUUUUACAUUCGGUCAUUAUUUUACAUUCACCAUUGUUGCAUUGCUAACGUGGCUAGAAGAGCUUAGUGAGAUAGCCAACAACUCACAUUUAAAAAAUAAAAAAAAUUGUGUUGCAAUUCCCGAACAAUCAUCAACAUGCCUAAAAGAAAGAGUGCUACCAAGGGAGAUGAGAUAUGUAACGUGUUUCUUUUUCAGCCUGCAAGACGUUCAGCACGUUUGUCAUCUAGACCUGCGCCAAAGCCGGCUGCCAAACCCAAAAAAGCAGCAGCACCCAAAAAGCCAGUCAAAGGAAAGAAGGCAGCUGAGAACGGUGAUGCCAAGGCUGAGGCGAAGGUUGAAGCCGCUGGAGACGCCAAAUGAAGAACUGUUUGAAGUUGUGAUCAUUCUGUGUACUUGGUGACUGUACAGUUUAAAAUAAGUAUUUUUUACCAAGUUUUUUUUAUAUUAAAAGAUAUCAUUUAUAGUUCAUUGUGGGCUUACAUUUGACGUAAUGAAGCUGUUCCAAGGGGUUGUCACGUUCAUAUCCAUUUUUUAUGCCUUGUUUAAAUGAAUACCGUCCAUAUCCAGUCAAAGUUUUAAAAACCUAUAAAAAAAACUUCUAACCCUGUUUUAUUUUUUUACUGCUGAAUGUUAUUUUCCAACAUAAAAUCUAAACAUUAAAGGCAGCUAAAGUGUGUUUCUAAAAUGUUUAAGAGGAAUAGGGUUUUUGCCACUCCUUUUAGUUUUUUAUUGUACAAGUAAUAUGAAUUAAUUACAUACCAAAUGUUUUGAAUCAACAUCAGAUCUUCUCAUUCAGGAGACAAAAGACACCGUUUGAAAGUAAUCACUAACUUGUAUUAAUUAGGUCAACACACAAAAUUAAUAAUGUGAACUUAAUCAUUUGUUCUAUUGUUUAUUUUAUUAAAUUGUUCUGUAAAAACAGUGGAAAGAGCUAUUGUGACGCCUAUGAAAUUUUAAAUGUUCUUGAAUAAAAUGAUAAAAAGGC